GAUUCAACAAAGGCAGGUCCCUUUUACCCAUUUUACUUUCAUUAGGUUUCUGUGAAAAAUAUCAUUGUGAAAUUUAGUUUUGAAAAAUAUUAACCUUUCCCAGCCUCUCAUUCCAAUGAUAGUAAAUUGGCAGCCCGGGGACAAAAGGGGACUUUCCGAGAUGGCAAGAUAAAUUUGUAGCAGAGCUAGGUCUGGAAUCCAACCUUGCCAUUCAAAUCUGCUGUCAAGAACCAGUCACUCCUGAUUGCAAGAAUGUGCUCCCUCCCCAUGGCAAGAUACUACACAAUUAAGGAUGCAGAUCAGAAGACUCUAUACUCGAAAGCCAACCAGCUCCUGGUGGGAGAUCCUGAGGUGGACAACUGUUGUGCAGAGAAGAUCUGCAUCCUUCCCAACAGAGGCCUGGACCGCACCAAGGUACCCAUCUUUCUGGGGAUCCAGGGAGGCAGUCGCUGCCUGGCAUGUGUGGAGACAGGAGACGGGCCUUCCCUGCAGCUGGAGGAUGUGAACAUCGAGGACCUGUACAAGUGCGGUGAACAGGCCACACGCUUCACCUUCUUCCAGAGAAGCUUGGGCUCGGCUUUCAGACUUGAGGCUUCUGCCUGGCCUGGCUGGUUUCUCUGUGGCCCGACUGAGCCCCAGCAGCCAGUACGACUCGCCAAGGAGAGUGAGCCCUCCGCCCACACUGAGUUCUACUUUGAACAGAGUCGGUAGGGAGGUGGCAGGCUGAGUUCCAGGCUGGUGCCCCAAAACCAGCUCAUCCUGCUCGGGGUCUGUGGUAGGCAGAAUAAUGGCCCCCUAAAGAUGUCCCCAUCCUAAUCCCCAGAAUCUGUAAAUAUGUUACCUUACAAGGCAAAAGCGUCUUUGCAAAUGUGAUUAAGUUAAGGAUCUUGAGACGAGGAGACCAUCCUGGAUGAUCCCAGGGGGCCCAAUGUAAUCAUAAUGUUCCUAAUAAGAUGGAGGCAGGAGGGUGACAGUCAGAGAGACAUUGGAAGAUGCUAUGCUGCUAAUUUUGAAGACAGAGGAAGGGGGCUGUGAGCCAAUGAAUGCAGGCAGUUCCUAGAAGCUGGAAAAGGCCAGGGAAUAGAUUCUCUCCUAGAGCCUCCAGAAGAAACACAGCCCUGCUGACACCU